AUGUCUUCAUCUGCAAUUUACAUACUCGAUCUCAAAGGAAAGGUGAUCAUCUCAAGAAACUAUCGCGGUGAUGUGGAUAUGAGUGUCAUCGAUAAGUUUAUGCCGUUGCUAAUGGAACGAGAAGAGGACGGGCGACAGAGUCCGAUACUGGAUCAUCAAGAUGCAACGUUCAUCUACAUCAAACACUCGAAUUUGUAUUUCGUCUCAACGUCAAGAAAGAAUGUCAACGUUGCGUUGGUGUUAUCGUUUUUGUACAGAUGUGUAGAUGUGUUCGGUGAUUAUUUCAAGGAUGUUGAGGAGGAAUCAGUACGUGAUAAUUUUGUGAUUAUUUAUGAGUUAUUGGAUGAAAUGAUGGAUUUUGGCUAUCCGCAGACGACCGAAGGAAAGAUUCUUCAAGAAUUCAUCACCCAAGAAGGACACAAACUCGAAGUUGCCCCACGUCCACCGAUGGCCGUCACAAAUGCGGUCUCGUGGAGGUCUGAGGGUAUCAAAUAUCGCAAAAAUGAAGUGUUUUUGGAUGUGAUCGAGUCUGUGAAUAUGCUGGCGAAUGCAAAUGGUAACGUGCUACAAAGUGAAAUAGUCGGGAGUGUUAAAAUGCGAGUAUAUUUAACGGGUAUGCCAGAACUGAGAUUGGGUCUGAACGAUAAGGUGCUCUUCGAGAGUAGUGGAAGAGGAAAGAACAAGUCGGUUGAGUUGGAAGAUGUGAAAUUCCACCAAUGUGUUCGUUUGUCACGAUUCGAAAACGAUCGCACAAUAAGUUUCAUACCACCGGAUGGAGAGUUUGAACUGAUGAGUUACCGACUGAUGACUGUGGUGAAGCCAUUGAUCUGGAUUGAAGCGGUUGUCGAAAGACACACACAUUCGAGGGUGGAAUAUAUGAUCAAAGCAAAAUCGCAAUUCAAACGACGCUCAACGGCCAACAACGUUGAAAUCUCAAUACCGGUGCCGAGCGAUGCGGAUUCACCAAAAUUCAAAACUUCAAUUGGUACAGUGAAAUAUGCACCCGAACAAAACGCUUUCAUUUGGACGAUUAAAAGUUUUCCAGGUGGUAAAGAGUAUUUGAUGCGAGCGCAUUUCAACUUACCGUCAGUACAGAGCGAUGAUGUUGAGGGCAAGCCACCGAUGAAAGUCAAAUUCGAAAUCCCGUAUUUUACAACAUCUGGAAUUCAGGUUCGUUAUUUGAAAAUAAUCGAGAAGAGU